UUUAAUAUUAAAUACAGAGAAAUAUUUGAUUUCAGAUUAAUUUAUUAACAAAAUGUCCAAGAGAGAAGUGUUAAAACUAUACAAGGGUUUGCAUAGAACAGUACAAUCUGUGUUUAAAGGGGAUAUACCAGCUAUGUGUGCUGCUAGGGAUAAAAUUUGUGAUGAAUUCAACAAAAACAGAAAAGUUAGUUCCGAAACUUCAAUAUCUGAACUUGUUAAUCAUGGCCGGGAGGUCAAUCAAAUACUUAGAGAAACAGUAAUUCAGAUUAAAAAGGUUGACACUGAACGGUAUCAAAUGAAAAUUAGAGAAGAAACGCAUAUGUUCGAGAAUAAUCCUUUUAGAGAAGAUAUUACUGAAGAAGAAUAUAAAAAUGCCAACAGAAGAAAAAGAAAAAGUGGUGUGUGCGAAGAGUCUCCUAGUCAACAGAAGAAAUAAUUAAUUAAAAAUACAGUUCACAGAUUUAUAACCGUACUAGGGUGUGAUGAAUUUUGUGAAUAGUUACUUAGAUGUUUAGUCAUAAAUUUAUAUUGUAUCUCAAUAAAACCAAAUAUUAUUUGAAA